UAGCAAACCAACGUCUAUCUUCAUCUCUCUCUAUAAUAUAUAUAUAUAUAUAUAUAUAUAUAUAUAUAUAUAUAUAUAUCUCAUUCUAUCAUUCAUCUACGGCCAGACAGACACCAUCCUCGGAUUUUUGUCCAAACAAGAAACACCAAGUUCAUAGAUCAUCAUCAUGGGUUACUGGAAAACAAAGGUUGAACCUUUACUAAAGAAAGUCUUCGACAAAAACACUCCAAAGAAACUCGCCGCUUCUGAAGCUGCCAAAGCCUUCGAUGAUUCCAAGGAAGUAUACGCUAAAGAACUUGAAGACAACAAAUCUGAACUUCAAACAAAAGUUGUCGAAAUCUAUGAAGCUUCUUCCACUGCUAUCAAAGGACUUAUCAAAGACCCAAAAGAAUCAUCCAUUAAGAAGAACUCUGCCGCCGUUCAAAAAUUCCUCGAUGAACUUGAAAAAAUAGAUUUCCCUGGUUCAAAGACUAUUCGUGAAGCAUCAUCUAAAUUUGGACCGGCUUUGAUUCCUGGACCGGUUAUCUUCAUCUUCGAGCAAGUUUCUACUUUUAUCAUCACCGAAGAACCACCGGCGGCGGCCGUCGUGGAGAUUAAGGACAAAGAGGUGGCGAUUGAGGCAGAGGAGAAGAAGGAAGAAGAAACGCCGGCGGCGCCGGCACCGGAGACGGUUGCUGAGGUGGAGCCGGCGAAGGUUGAAGCACCGGCGGAGGCAGCGCCGGCAGUCGUGGAGGAGACAAUACCAGCUAAGCCUUGAUGAUGGGAUAUGGAAUUUGUGAUGAUUGAAGCAUUAAUUUAUUGUUUGUUUGUUUAUUUGUUUUUUUUUUAUAAUUAAGUUUGUUUGUGUAUUUAGAUGGAAAAAAAAUUAAGACAAGAGUGGAAGAAUGAUAUUUUUUUUUGAGUUUGUGAAUA